CCAAGGUCACGCGCAAAGAGAUUGGUAGGAUCUACAAGGCGCUGGAGAAGUUCUUCACCGCCCAGAAUCUGGAGAGAAUUAAUAACGUUGUGCAGAAUGGAGGUAAGUAUUCAAGACUGCAGAUGUUCAUCUUUUCAUUUGCGGGCAUGUAUUAAACAUGGCUUUCUCAUCUGUAAAGGUGUUCCGGACCCGAACGAGACGUACACGGCGACCACCUCUACAAAGCCGAGCGAUCUGUGCAGUCGGUUUUGCAACCUGCUGGAUCUGCCGUACCAGGUCACCAACGUCUCGAUGGCGCUUUCGGAUCGCGUCACCACCAUGGGCGAUCUUGCUGGCCGAUCUCCGUUGUCGAUCGUGGCUGCGUGCAUCUACAUGGCGUCCUAUUUGAUGGGACACGGCAAGACGGCCAAGGAGAUUUCCCAGGUGGCGCACGUCAGCGAUGGCACCAUCCGUGGCGCAUACAAGCAACUCUACGCUGAGAGAGAGCGUUUGAUCGAUCCGAACUGGAUCAAGGAUGGGAAAGGCGACAUGGCCAACCUGCCUGCUAGUUGA